UAAAUGGCUUUUCCUCUGGUUUCCAGUAGCUUAGUAUUCAAAUUUUGCGACCUUUUUCCCAUACUCGUCUUCUUUCUUCUCUUACUCUCUGAUGGAGGUGACGCUGCCGAUACAAAGAAAGUUACGAAUAUCGGUGCAAUCAUCGAUGUCAGUUCCCGGAUCGGGAAAGAAGAGAAAACAGCCAUGCAAAUUUACGCCGAAAACUACAACCACCAUUCAAAGACUCACAAGCUGUCUCUCUAUUUUCAGGACCCCGGCAGAGACCCCUUUCAAGUAGCUUCUGCUGCUGGAGAGCUCAUUAAAGAAAAGAAAAUCGAAGUGAUUGUUGGCAUGAACAAAUGGGAGGAAGCAGCUCUUGUAGCCACGGUUGGAAACCAGGCUAAAGUUCCGGUUCUUUCCUUCUCAGCUCCAGCCAUAACUCCACCACUGAUGCAAAGCCGUUGGCCUUUCUUGAUUGAAAUGGCUAACGACGGUUCUGCACAAACGAAAUGCAUUGCAGAUAUAGUGAGAGCGUACAGUUGGAGAAGGGUUGUGGUGAUAUACGAAGAUGAUGCAUAUGGCAGUGACUUGGGGAUUCUAGCUCUUCUUUCUGAGGCUCUUCAGAAGGUUGAUUCAGAGAUCGAGUACCGUUUAGUUGUUCCACCAUUUUCCUCUCUGUCUGAUGAUCCAAAGGUGUUUGUUCACGACGAGCUAGUGAAGCUACAAGAAACGACACUGUCUCGGGUUUUUAUUGUUCUUCAGUCAUCUUUAUCGAUGGCGACGCAUUUGUUCAGAGAAGCCGAGAACAUGGGACUCAAAGGGAAAGAGACGGCUUGGAUUAUCGCGGAAAGUGUUACAAGUUUCCUGGACUUGGUUGAUGAUUCUGUUAUUUCAUCUAUGACAGGUGCUUUAGGAAUCAAGACCGACUAUUCUAGUAGUACUAAUUCUUAUAAAGAUUUCUAUGCCCAGUUCUCCAAAGAUUUCCAAGCCGAGUAUCGAGAGGAAGUUAAUCCCAAGCCGGGAAUUUAUGCUCUCCGUGCAUAUGAUAGUAUUAUGGCCAUUUCACAGGCCAUAGAGAGAAUAACUAGCGACAACAGUGGCCCAGAUAUGUUGUUAGAGAAUAUUCUAUUAAGCAAGUUCUCUGGGUUAAGCUCCGAGAUAAGUUUCGAAGCGGGAAAGCUGUUGCAAAAUCCCAAGUUUAGGAUUGUAAAUGUGGUUGGGAGGGGAGACGAACGAGAAAAGCAGGAAAAUAAGAGGUACAAAGAGUUGGACCUUUGGACGCCAGAGUCUGGCUUCCAUAAUGGCCUUGUGAUAAAGAAAUGUGGGGUGAAAGCCGCAGUUAGUUUGGCUGGCCAAGCAACUUGGCCAGGGAACCAAAAGCAAAUUCCGAAAGGCUGGGCAAUGCCAAAUGAGACGAAGCCGUUGAUAAUCGGAGUUCCCGGUAGAACUUCAUUCCAUGAGUUUGUAAAGGUAGAGUACGGUGAGGGCCCGGUCGAAAAUACAGAUGUCGACGGUUGGUGCAUUCAAGUUUUCAAAAUGGUGCUGGAAAAUUUGAAUUAUUCUCUGCCUUACAAAUUUGUGCCCUUCAAUGGCUCCUAUGACGAACUGGUUUGUGGUAUCGCCAACAAGACAUAUGAUGCAGUCGUUGGUGAUGUGACUAUAUUAGCCGACAGAAUGGAAUACGUGGAAUUUACACAGCCAUAUGCGGAGUCGGGGUUGUCCAUGAUAGUUCCAGCAAAGCCAGAAGGGUCAGCUUGGAUGUUUUUGAAGCCUUUCACUUGGAAAAUGUGGUUGGUGACCUGUGCCCUCAUGAUUUAUACCAUGCUUAUACUAUGGUUCUUGGAGCAUCGAUUCAAUCCAGAUUUUGGAGGCCCAUUGAAGAACCAGAUUGGCACCACCCUUUGGUUCACAUUCUCCUCGCUGUUCUUCGCUCACAGAGAGAAACUUCAAAGCAACUUAACUCGAGUGGUGGUAGUAGUUUGGCUUUUCGUCGUGUGGAUCCUGACCUCAAGUUACACUGCAAAUCUAUCUUCAAUUCUCACCGUGCAACGACUAGAAACGGUUCCAGAUAUCAACUGGCUAAGGAACAGCAACUCAAAAAUUGGUUGUGAUGACGAUUCUUUUGUAAAGGCUUACCUGGAGGGUGUGAUUAAAUUCAAGUCAGAAAACAUCGUUCCGGUUCAAAAGGAAGAUAAUUAUACAGGAUUAUUCGAAAGAAAGGAAAUAGCUGCUGCCUUUCUUGAACUUCCAUACGAGAAAGUUUUCAUCAACAAGUAUUGCAAAUCAUACACUAGCAGCAGACCCACCUAUAGAUUUGGAGGAUUUGGCUUUGUAUUCCAGAAAGGCUCCCCAAUAGCCAGGGAUUUUUCACAAUCGAUUCUAAGGCUAUUUGAACACGGAAAGCUUAAAAAACUUGAAGAUGAAUGGUUGACUCCCUCCCGUGAGUGUGCAACGGAUGUACCAACCAGUACAACUGAACGUUUGAGCCUUGAGAGUUUCUGGGGUCUCUACCUUAUAUCUGGUGUCACUUCCACCAUUUGUUUUCUAAUAUCAUUAAUCCGCUUGCUCAUGAGUUAUCAGCGCCAACAAGAGGCUUCCGGAGGCAACGCAACUCCAAGUGAAAAACUGUCUUGGAAAAAAGCGGUCAGAAUUGCAAGAUACUUCUAUAAGGGAGAGAACAAUACUCCGGCAAGAGCUCCAACUUUUGCUCGCACAAAAGAAUUAGAUGAAUGGAGUUCUUCAAGGUGGGAAGUCGUGAGCAUUUCUGACACUCAGGACAAUAUUCAGGCCUCCCCAACUACUGAAAAUGAAAUGCCUUAGAAAUUAGAACUCCUCAUUGAAUGCACUACGUAGGUAAGCUAAAGAUGAGACAGAGAAUUAUAUUUGCCAAUCCAAACCCUUGGCUGUAAAUAUAUUUCAAUCAUUAUUAUGAGAAAUAAUA